AUGCACACGUCCCUUUGGGGUUCUGCUAUUGCUAAGAUAGUUGGCACAAAUGCAAGGAAUAAUUCAAAGUUUGACUCCACGGAUAACAUGUGGGUGUUUGAAGAGACGGUGAAUGGACGAAAGCUCACAGAUAUCAUAAACACAGACCAUGAGAACGUCAAGUAUUUGCCUGGACACAAGCUUCUGGAGAAUGUUGUGGCAGUGACAGAUCUGCUCGAAGCUGCCAAGAGUGCUGACAUUCUGCUCUUUGUGAUUCCACUUCAGUUCAUCGGUCGUGUUUGUGACACUAUGAAGGGCAAAAUCAAUCCGGAUGCACUGAGAAUGUCACUCAUCAAGCUAGCGAUGACUCUGCAUGUGGUGGAUGAAGGCCCAGACAGACUGAAGCUGAUCUCACCGGUUAUUCACGAGAAGCUGGGCAUCAAGAUGAGCGUGUGGAUGGGAGCAAAUAUCACCAAUGAGGUUUUGAUGAGGCUGAUGAAAAGCAACAAGAAUAUGUUAGAUAAGUCGUAUUUUUGUCUUGGGUGAUUAUAUGCAUAUAAAUAAAAAUGUAUAAUAAA